CCCUCUCUCUCUCUCUCUCACACACACAGAAACACAUACCAAAACUCUCACUCCAAAUAUGGAACAACAACAACAACAACAACAACAACAACAACAACACUACAAACCCCCACACAACCCCACUAAGCCCAAAACAAAAGCACUUCUCAUAAAAGCCCAAAAGAUCUCCCUCUCAAUUUUGGUUAUAUCCCUCCCCCUCCUCUACAUCUCUUUCCACCACAUCCCCCCCUCCACUCUCCUCAAGGACACCACCUUUUGGUUCCUCAUGUCCAACUCCCUCAUCAUCAUCAUCGUCGCCGACUCCGGCGCGCUCUCCUCGCCCGACGGCCCCUCCGACGACCCCUACGACGCGUACGCAACGCACAACAACAACAAGACGUCGACGGCGUGCUUAGUGUCGUGGCCAACUUCGUCGGAGAUUUUAUACAGAGAGAAGCACAACAAGAACCGAGAGAUCAUAUCUCGGAGCCUUUCUGAUGCAGCUGUUACAAAAAGCCCGUAUGUAAAGGACAAGCCUGUUUCUUCGUCGUGCGAAGUGGUCGAUAAAAGAAUUGUUUGGAGCGAAAAAGAUGUGGAUAAAAGUAUCGUGGUGAGUGAAAUGCCCCGGUGCGAAUUGAAGACGGAGAAGGAGAAUGAUCAGUAUGCGAAAUUGUCCGAUGAGGAGCUUAACCGGAGAGUAGAGGAGUUUAUUAGGAGAUUUAAUACACAGAUUAGGUUACAAUUGAGGAAUGAGAGAAUGUAAAUUAUUUUAGUACUAGUUAGCUAGGUUGCUAUGUGUUUUGCGACAUGUCAUGUUCAAAACUGUGUUAAUUAUAGUGCAAGAAAUUCCCUUAUUAAAAUUUCUUAUCUAGAUCUUGGUUUUGGAUUUC